AUGACCAACAUUGAUUUUGAAUCUACUAUUGACGACCUAAGCGGUUCCAUCGGCACCCUAGCGAACAAAAAAGCUACAGGUCAAGACUGCAUUCCUGCAGAGAUUCUGAAAUGUGGAAAACCAGUUCUCCCGGAGAAAUUACAUCUUACAUUCCCUCCAGCAUACAGUGUAUGCUGGAGGGAAGGCACCAUUCCUAAAGACAUGAAAAAUGCUAAAAUAGUCACCCUAUGUAAGAACAAAGGUGACCGGAGUGACUGCAACAAUUAUCGGGGCAUCUCACUUCUCAGCAUUGCAGGCAAAGUUUUUGCCAAAGUGUGUCUAAAGAGAAUACAGUCCCUAGCAGGACGUGUUUACCCCGAAUCCAGUGUGGUUUUAGGUCAGAGAGUGUCGACUAUUGACAUGGUGUUCCCCCUGAGACAACUCCAGGAGAAGUGCAGGGAACAACAGAAGCCCCUCUUCUUUGCUUUCAUAGGAUUGUCCAAAGCCUUUGAUCUUGUUAGCAGGGCUGGCCUCUUUAAGCUCCUUAAAAAGAUUGCCGCCAAAUGCAAAAUCACGAUCAAGAAAGUCUUCAUCGGAGAAUUGCUGUUUGCUGAUGAUGAUGCACUGGCUGCCCACAGUGAGUCAGAGCUGCAAAGACUCAUCAAUAAAUUUUCAGAUGCUUGCAAGCCGUUUAGACUCACAAUUACCUUUAAGAAAACCCAGGUAUUGGGACAAAGAUGCGAUACACCCCCAAGGAUCACCGUUGAUGACCAUGAAACAGUAUAUCGGUUCACCUAUUUAGGUUCCACAGUGAGUGACAAUCUCUCUCUGGAUACUGAAAUUGACAUCAAAAUAGCGUACACUCCAUGCUUCUCCAACGCCGUCUUCAUUGGCUGGGACAUGUCAGAAGUAUGGAUGACGAAAGGAUCCGAAAAGCUUUCUCUGCGGAGAGCUUGCAAUAGGGAAGAGACAAAUAGGAAGACCAAGACUCAGAUUCAAGGACGUGUGCAAAAGAGACCUGGAUCUUUGUAG